AAGUUUCAUCUGUGGGCUUCUCUUUUUAUUUUCAUGCAACAAACCAAUAUCGCUAUUCACCCACUCCCUGUGGUAAUUUAAUUUGUUGGUGUAACUUGCCACUGAUAAGGCAGGGGUAGUGCUAGGUACAGUAUAGUGGAGAGGAGAUUUUAAAAUGUUAUUUGAUUUAGUUAUAGAUUGACUCCUCUAUAUUCCUGUCAUAUGUAACCACCUUUAUAAUAGUCCGUUGAAAGGAGGAGGGCGGGAAAUCCCCUCCACUUUUCCCGUGCCAAAAAAAUCGCCGCUUCAGUAGUAGGAAAACGUUUGUCCCUGACUACCGUAAAAACAGGGGAAUUACUGAGGCUUUAGCUGCUCGCCAGGUGCAAUAAUGGGCAGACGGCAUUGCUCCGUUUCUCCUAGCGCUCCUCAGAGGGAUGCCCUUUCUUCACCCUAUCUGGGGCGGCCUUUUCCGCCGCCUCCCACUUCUUCGUUUCACACUUAAGCCUAUUAGAAGCCUUCUUCGCUCCGGCUUUGGCAGGCUGCCCCGGCUCACAAGAUGAGCAUUGUUUCUCGAGGUACGCAUUUUACGCAGCGCUCCUGUCAGGCCGACAGCCAUGUACCCAACGGUACGCCAGACAUCUGGUUCUGUAUGGUUUUCACGUAGGGAUACAGCGUAAGGGCGGGACGGCAGCGGGAAUGCGCCCCUCCCUCCUAUGCUUCGCUCAGUGAGGCCGGGUGCAAGACGCGCCCGCGGAGACGGCCCGUAACGGGUGUCGAGUGGAAAGAAGCGAGUGAUUCCCAAUCCUCUGCUACGCUUCUUGCGCAGGAGAAAGUCCUAGCCCGCGCCUUUCUUCGCCCGCUAUCUCCACGCUGCUGGCGUAGCAUGCCCCAAGAUGGCGUCGCGGUCGUCGUCGUUGGCGGCGGUGGCCGGAGCGCUGGCAGAAUCUGCGGUGCCGACGUGGGAAGAACUGAGAGGGGAGAUGAGGCGGCGGGCAGAGGGUGGCAGCAUUAGUGCAGAGUAGCGGCUACCGAAGGGGGGGGGUCCCUUCCUUCUCCUCUGGUGUGUGUGAGACAAGAGACUCUUUGGGAUAGCGGGUCGCCCGCCUCCCUCCGGCAGGGAGACCCCGGCCUUCCCUCGUGCGGAGCUGACCCCCUUGCUUCGGCUCACCCCCCGCUGCCGCCUCGCCGGUGGGUCUUCCCACCCUUGCUUGCGAGUGGAGGAUGAUGAAGCUCAAGUCCAACCAGACUCGCACCUACGACGGGGACGGAUAUAAGAAGCGGGCGGCUUGCCUCUGCUUCCGCAACGAGAGCGAGGAGGAGGUUCUCUUAGUGAGCAGUAGUCGUCAUCCAGAUAGAUGGAUUGUCCCAGGUGGUGGUAUGGAACCUGAAGAGGAGCCCAGUGUGGCUGCUGUGCGAGAAGUUUGUGAAGAGGCUGGAGUGAAAGGGACGUUAGGAAGAUUAGUAGGAAUUUUUGAGAACCAGGACAGGAAACACAGAACAUAUGUUUACGUACUUAUUGUCACAGAAGUACUGGAAGACUGGGAGGACUCUGUGAAUAUUGGAAGAAAAAGGGAAUGGUUUAAAAUAGAUGAUGCCAUAAAAGUUCUGCAGUAUCACAAACCUGUGCAGGCCUCAUAUUUUGAAACAUUGAGGCAAGGCUAUUUGGCUAACAAUGGCACUCCUGUUGUGACCACAUCAUUCUCAAAAGAGAGUGCACUAUCUGACAUCAGAUGACUGAAGAUAUCUUUUUAAGAGAAGUAGAUCUUGAAAAGUAGACUGAUAUUUGGAUUUUCCUUCCUCCCCCUCUUCUCACUGCUUUCACAUUGCUUCUUCUAUCAAACAAGACGUGUGCAGCAGCAUUUGGCAGAGCAAUGUUGAGUGUUGCAUUCUAGUGCAAAGUGGGGUUUUCUUGCUUUUACUUGGAUAUGUAUUUUGUAAACCACAUUUUGUGCAUGAAGAGACCCUUCCCUCUUAUUAAUAUUUUGACAACCUGAAGAGCAAGGCUGCUUGUUUCACCUUUGCCUUGUCAUUUGAAAUGUUUUCAUGUGUACUAUCCCACCCCUAGCCAUCCCUCUUACCUUUUUAGUUAAAGAAGGCUACAAAUAUAUGAUCAGUUCUUUAAGUCUUAGAUUUUGUUCAGCAGAAAGCUGUUGAGAUCUGUGUGGUGGCCACUUUCUCAAUGCAUGUGUGUAUUCUUUUUUUAGAUGGAGAAACAUAACACUUUAAUUUUGCAGGAUUUUAAAAAAAUGAGAUGCUUCUGUAAAGGAGGGCUUCAUAAUCUUGUUUGCCUUGUUUUUUUUUUAAAUAUUUUUUGUGACAGUGCUAGUGGCUGGGCCAGUUUGAUACCUUACACUCCAUUCCCUGACCCCAGCUUAAUCCAGUGACCCUUGGUGGAUAAGUCCAAGUUACAGUCAUUUGCAUCCCUGGUGCUCCGUUCAUUCUACAGUUGCAGCCAAUAAGUCAUCUUCUAACAGUGGACAGAACACAAUGAAUUGGUCACCAUUCGCUCAAUGGCAUAUGGCCUCUGAAACGACGUGAAUUCCAGUCUCAGUAAAUAGGAAUCAGGGAUUCAAAAUGAGUUUAGAAUUAGUGAACUGGACCAUCGAGCAGCUAUGCUUUCUGCUGGCAUGGAUUUUUUUCUCUCUUCUUGUACACCGCUGAUAUCUCUUCUUGUCCACAUGCCUUACACCAUACUGAACUGGAUAUUAUAGUUUGUGCUAAAACAUUGGAUUAUACUUUGAGUGUCACUGCACAGUGAGACAGUAAAGUGUGUCCCUGAAUAGAAACCCAGGGAAGAAUGUCAGUUGUCCAAUCUCUUCCUUUAUCUGUAGCAUUGCAGCACUUGUAAAUGCACCGUGGAGAUGCUCAAAAUGGCGAACUUUUAUCUUUCAGUGGUUAAGGUACAACUGGCUCCCAAGCAGAAAUGCUGUUGCGGAGAACUGUGUCAUUUAAUAGGAUAGUUAAGCUGAUACAUUGGUGUCAUUGAUCACCUUUUUGUUUCUAUUGAUGUAUGUUUCAUGCUGUCUUGAUUUGCCAACAGUGUUGUCUAGUUGGGAGAUUGUGAAAAGGGCUGUGGGGAGGGGUGGGAUGUGGGAGAUUUUGGGGAGGGGCAUUAGUUAAUCCCUGGCUUGGGACAGGACUUAGUUGCUAUAUUUGGUGACUACUUCUUUGUCACAGUAUAGCCAAGAUGUGAAAUUAAAUCUGCAGUACUCUUAUUUGACUGAUAAUUUUCUCUUGCCAUUAAUUUUAAUAACAUAAAAUUGUCCUGCAAUAGUUGAGCAGCAUGAAGAAGUACAUGUGUAUACUUUCUGCUUUAGAAGGUUGCUGUGGAAUUUGCAUUCUAAUUCUGGUUCUUUGCUUAAUUACACUAUUUUCAGUAAAUAAGAUAUCAUUUCAUAAUGGAUUUCUAACACCGAAAGCUAUACACAAUAGAAGGCUGAGAGGAAACAUUGAAAAGUGGCUUAAACUUGAAUGUCUAGAACAAACGCAAAACUUUGCUGUGCCACUUCAUUGCCCUUUACCUUAACAAUAAAACGAAAAAUUAACUGCAAAGGGCUUUACUAGUGUCUUGAAAAGUACAAUACAAUUUUCCUAUUAAGGAAUAUGUGGCACUUUCCAGUAUAGCAAACUGUUGCCUUUAACUAAGGAGUUUGGGUCUCAUUGGAAUAGAUUAGGAUAUAGAAAAUCCUUGAAAGACUGGCUGCAGUUUUAAUAUCUUCAACAUGUACACUUUUUAAAGACUCAAUUUUUUUUAGGGUUGUUAAGCUGAUAUUUAGGGUAGGAUAUUAUUAAUAAUUCACUAAGAACUUGGUGAGGGGUGGUCAGAAAAAAUAAACUGUGCCAAGAGUGUAGUUUAAUGUGGGAUGAACUGAUUCUAUUUAAGUAACUGCAUUGAGUCUCUGAUGUUGACUUUAUAAACUGGAAAUGGAAGAUGUAAUUCGUAGGGUACAAACAGUGUGGAUUCUUCAGUUGUAUAUUUUUAACUCAGUCCUUGUUCUUGUUUGCUAAACCUGAUCUUUUAAUUUGUUUCUGAUGCACUAUAGAGUUCACAGCUUUCCCAGCAUCUCAGGGUAUUAUGUAAUAAAUGAAUCGUGAAACUGCUUAAUAAUAUAAAUGAAAACCA